AUGAGCCGGCCAAUGGAGGAAGAUACUGCGGGUAAGAAUGAGGAAGAAGAGUUCAACACUGGACCACUUUCUGUACUCAUGAUGAGUGUGAAAAAUAAUACCCAGGUAUUGAUAAAUUGUCGGAAUAACAAAAAGCUUCUUGGUCGUGUACGAGCUUUCGACAGGCACUGCAACAUGGUUCUUGAAAAUGUCAGGGAGAUGUGGACUGAGGUGCCCAAGACUGGUAAAGGAAAGAAGAAGGCACAACCAGUGAACAAGGAUAGAUUCAUCAGCAAAAUGUUCCUCCGUGGAGAUUCUGUCAUCAUUGUUCUUAGGAACCCCAAAUGA